AUGGACCACAUCUACACCCACAUGGAUAACAUCUACACCUAUAUGGACCACAUCUACACCGACAUGGACCACAUCUACACCGACAUGGGCCACAUCCACACCGACAUGGACCACUUCUACACCUGCAUGGACAACAUCUACAACGACAUUGACGACGUCUACACAGACAUGGACCACGUCUACACCCACAUGGAUAACAUCUACACCUAUAUGGACCACAUCUACACCCACAUGGACGUAGUAAUCACUGCCUAUGUUUCUGUCAGGAUGUCCUGUACCACCAACAACGCGGAUCUGUACGGUGCCUGCUGCUCGGGGAGCGUGGAUGAAGUCACUCGCAUCUUACGGCGAGAUGGAGUUGACAUCAACACCCAGUGGUCAAACGGCAGGACACCAGUGAUGGCAGCAGUAGAUGGCCAGCACGUGGACCUGUUUAAGCUACUCCGCCGGAAGGGAGCCGAUCUGUCGGCAGUGGAUAAAGACAAUAACACCAUUCUGCAUAUUGCCUGCGUCAGAAAUAAUCUAAAAAUAGUCAAGUUGAUUCUCUCUGAAGGAAAUAUUGACAUCAAUGUAAAAGGCAAAAGCGGAUUGACGCCGGUGAUGUUGGCAGCACGUCAUGGGUGCAAACACGUCUACUUGGAACUUGUAAACAACAAACACUGCGACAUGAGACUUGUUGGAGAUGACGGUGACAACCUUCUCCACCUGGCAUGUCUUAAAGGCCAUCUGUUUAUUGCUGAAGAUCUGCUCUCACGUCGGAUAUUCAAUAUCAACUGUAGAGGGAACUUGGGCAGGACACCGCUAAUGAAGGCAGCGUGGGCGGGUACCAAACGGAUUUUCGACCUGAUCGUAGAGAAAGGAGGCCAGACGUCGCUGCUGGGUGACAAGGGGAUGAACAUCCUCCACGUGGCCUGUGCUGGAGGAAAGGUACACAUUGUACAGCAUAUCCUCUCAAAACGCAUUGUAGGCAUCAACAGUAGGAGGAAUGAUGGAAGAACGCCCUUGAUGGUUGCUGCAGAGUAUGGACACAAAGACGUGUACAACUUACUCUUACGAGACGGAGGAGACAGAUCUCUGGAAGACUUUGAUGGCAACAACAUCCUCCACGUGGCGUGCAGGGGCGGCAACGGGGAGUAUGGUGCAGCACACAUGUGA